AUGGCAACCCAAGGCCCCCAAGCCCUGCCCCCGGUCACAAUUCAAAACACACAAACAAUCAGCCAAUCCGCCGCGCAAGAAUUCCUAGCCGCCUAUCUGGACCGCGCCGCAACAGACCCAUCACUGCAACCCAACGCCAGCAUCAGCGAGCAUGGCCCCGUCUCGCGCACAACCGCCGCAGCACCGAACCUGAUACUGCACAACCUGAAGCGCGUGCAAGCAGGUCUUGCCGGCGAGGUCCUCGGCCGCGACUUGACUGUCGCGAAGCAGAAUCCUGGAGAGGAGUACCUGGAUGUUGCUGCCGGAAUUGUGCCGAGCAACAAUCAGGAGCAGCUGGAGGAUGGCGAUGAUCUCGUUAUGAAUGAUGCGGAGUUUGAGACUGAGGCGGAGGCGUUUGCGGAGCAGGAGGCUGGGCUUGAUAAGGAGGAGCGUAAGCGGAAGAAGAAGGAGAGGAGGUUGGCGGAGAAGAAGGAGAAGGCGAGGGCGAAGGCUGAGGAGUCUGAUUGA